AUGGAUGGUAAAGUAGACCUCUAUAAUUCCAACAAUGAUGAUGAACAAAAGCUACCACUCUUGCACAAUAUGGAGGUGCCAGAAGCAGAGCAGAAUCUGAUUCGGAAAGCCAUGAGUCAAACAUUUAAGAGCACAGCCCAUUUAGCCAAUCAUUUACCAACUGGCACUGUUCUUUCUUUCCAACUUUUAUCACCAAUCUUCACCAAUCAAGGUAACUGUGACUCAGUUUGCAAGUUCAUGACUUCUGCACUUUUAGCUCUCUGUGGUGCCUCAUGCUUCCUGCUAUGCUUCACUGAUAGCUUCAGAGACAACAAUGGGAACGUCCGUUAUGGCUUUGCCACCUUUAAUGGUUUGUGGGUCAUUGAUGGAUCAACAACCCUUCCACCUCAACUUGAAGCUAAAUAUCGACUGCAGUUUAUAGAUUUCAUACAUGCAGUAAUGUCAAUUUUGGUGUUCGCAGCAAUUGCUUUAUUUGAUCAGAAUGUGGUGAAUUGCUUCUUUCGAUCACCUUCACAUGAAACACAUGAAAUCCUUACAGCAUUGCCAAUUGGUAUUGGCGUUUUUUGCAGCAUGCUGUUUGUUGCAUUUCCUACAGUGAGACAUGGAAUUGGCUUCCCACUUUCCACAAAUUAA